UAUAGAGACGCCCAUUACCUCCUCCUCCAUCCACCACCACGCUUCUCCGUCAUUACACUCCUCUCUUGCAUUUAUCACCACCACCCCCCCUCUCUCUCUCUGACAUUUGCGAAUUGCGAUGGAUCUGAAGAGUUGCAUGACUACUGUUUUCAUCAUCUUCCUCCUACUUGCAGUGCCUGGUUUCUCCAAAGAUAAGCAUGGAUUAGGUUCAGAAGUUUAUGAUAUCGAUUAUCGUGGACCUGAAACUCAUUCUCAUAGGCCUCCACCAAACCGAAACCGACCCGGUGGUGUUCGCCAUGGAAAUCUCAACAAGCAUCCUCAUUCUCAUUUAACUCAGAAGCGCCAUAAACAAGGAAAAAAAGCUUAAUGGAUGAAGACUAUUCCAACAAUGGUGUGGCUUAAGUAUAAGUUAAAUUUGAAAUAUCUAUGGUUUUGUGUUGUUUUUGUCUAUUUGCAUGAUUACUCGUAUAAAUAUCAAGUCAAGAAUAUACUAAAAUGCAUGUGAUUAUGAGUUAUUGAUAUUGGCUUAGACAUCAUUCGAUAAAACAAACAAAUCAAAGCAUUUUAGUACGUUCUUGAUUCUAAAUUAUUGUGAUAAUAUAUAUCCAACUAUGGCUUUUAAUCAUGUAAGUUUCUUAGUAUUGGAGAAUGGAGAAAGAUCUUUAUGUAAGUAUAUGCAACACGUUUUCAUGUUGUAUGCUUGUAUUUGAAGUUUGGCAAAUUAAUGAUGGUUUUAUUAUGUGUAAA